AAAGCAAAACUUCACAUCAUGCAGCGACUGGCAGGGAAGGUUGCAAUAGUGACCGCGUCCACUGCAGGGAUCGGACUUGGCAUUGCCAGAAGACUUGCUCAAGAGGGAGCAGGAGUUAUGAUAUGCUCCCGUAAACUUGAGAAUGUCCAAAAAACAGUGGACAUGCUGCGAUCGGAGAACCUCAAAGUGGAAGGAAUUCCUUGUCAUGUGGGAAAGGCUGAAGAUCGUGAGAACCUCAUCAAGGCAACUUUGGACAAGUUCGGAGGAAGGAUCGACGCGCUUGUCUCGAACGCGGCAGUGAACCCCGCGUACGGGCCCCUUCAAGAAAUGAGCGAGUCGCAGUGGGAGAAAAUAUUUGAUAUCAACGUGAAAUCGGCUUUUCUCUUGUCAAAGGAAGUCAUUCCAGUGAUGCAGCAGCAAAAGUCGGGUUCUAUUGUCAUGGUUUCCUCCAUUGCUGCAUACACGGCUAUCGAGGGACUAGGCGCAUACUCAAUCAGCAAAACUGCUCUGCUCGGACUUUCCAAGGUCAUUGCGCAUGAGCAAGCUCAGUACGGCAUCCGCUGCAACUGCAUCGCUCCUGGAAUCGUCAAGACACAUUUCUCUGAAGCUCUCUGGACUGAUCAGAAAGUGCACGACAAAGUCGUUAGACAGGUCCCAUUGAGAAGAUUCGGAGAAGCAGAGGAUAUCGCAGGUGCCGCUGCGUUUCUCUGUUCAGCCGACAGCAGCUAUAUGACUGGGGAGACCAUGGUGAUCGCUGGAGGAAUGCUUCCUGCAAAGAUCUAGAACUGUCUGACAGCCAAGACUAGAAAUGGAAA